AUGUUUUACAUUUUGUUUCUCUAAUUCAGAUUAGUGUGUCUGGUAUUCCUUCAUUAUCUUUUACAAGAUGACAUUUUUAACUUAUGGAGGGAAAGUACAAAAAGAAACCGAAGUGCUAAGGAUUAUUAUUUUUUUCAUCAUUAUUAAGAAAAACUUUAAUAAUAAAAAAUCUUCUCUCUACGUAAAAAAAUAAGAAAAAAAAUGUUUAAACCAAAGAUUUUAGAAUGUAGAGAACAUCCAGCCGUUAAUUCCUUCUAUGAACCGGAACAGGGCUGAUAAGGUUUAAUGUUCAGAUCUUCAGUUAGAUAAAGAUUCUGCGUCCAGGAGAUAUUACGUGAAAGUAAAUUGAUAAAUUCAAGAUAUCCAGUUCAUGAUUGAUAUUCGCAAAUAUCGUUUUAUUCCGAACCCGAAACCACCCAGAUGAUUGUGGGCAUAGAUUGAUUAAUUUGGUUUGGUUAGUAAACUGGAAGGAUUUAAAGUAUCCUUAGUUUAAGUUCAAGAAUGGAAAGUUUUUGUUACUCCGGGUCUAGUUCAACAUACGGACAGUUAGGUGGUGGUUCACGAAUUCUUCUGUGCGGAGAGAAAUCCCAGACCAUUCGGUAGAUAAUACUAGGAUACGCUCCGUUCCUUCCUUCGUCCACAAACCAGUUGGUGAUUAUACGGUGAAUCAGACGGUGAAUCGAAUCCAUCAACAUAUUGUUGUACCCAAAAGCACUUUUAUGCUUGUUAGGACAUUAUAGCACGCAUAUAGUACCCAAGUUCAGUCAAAUAAUGCGGGAAAACAUAGUUUGAAUUGGCGACAAAAUACUAGGAACAAGAACACAAACAAUAUCAAGGAUGAAGAUGAAAACGUCCCUCAUAUUCUUUGCUCCUCUUCUCUUCGCCGUAAGUUUAGGAGACAAGGACAAAGAUGAAACAAAACCUGAAGAACUAUUUGAAAAUUUUGAAGAUAACAUCGCUAUGGAGAGCGAAAGAAAAUAUUCGUCGGUUAAUUUUGCCGAUUUUUCCAACGAUCCUGAAUUUUCAAAGUUUCUUUCAAUUGUGGGACUUAAUGCAAAAUCCUCCAUAUUUGGUGAAAAGAUGAUUCCCUCUUCAAGUGUGAAAAAAGAUGAAAUUAAAAAAGAAAAUGAAGAGAAACCUAAAACCACGGAGAAAGAUUAUAAAAUGGCGGAGAAAAGUCCGGAUCAGCUGUUGCAGAUAAAUCCAAAUUUAUUAAAAGAUCUGUUCUCCAGCGGAAAAGAGGUCGAGGAUGUACAGCAGGAGCUCUCAAGCCUUCUCUUUAGAGACUCGUCAUCCAUCAAACCUCAGGAAACCGAAAAUGGGACAAAUCCUGCAGAGUCAAGGAUUAUCAAAGAUGACAGUGAUGAGUAUAUUGAUUAUACGGAUGAUGAUGAUUAUGAUAUGUACAGCUAUGAAGACCUUGCAGAAAGCAGAUCAUAUGACGAGGAUAUGCCUGUUGCCUCAAAGCUUCGACAGAGACGACCUGGAAAACGAAGACGACCCUACCGAGGAAGAUUUGGUCCUGGAGUAAGAGGAAAGUUUCCAGGACGCAAUCCUGAAAUAUAUAAUAUCCCUGGACGAAUACAAACAGUGCCGGAUAGGAAGUUUUCUCCUCCUCCUCAGAGAUUAGAUGAUAGUGAGUACAGUGCAUCCUUCAACCUCAACCCUGUGAUAGAACGAGGUUCAGAUUGUGAUUUCUACACAGACUCUCUCUGCCUCAGUGUAAACUCCUACCCUGAUCAGGAGAUCAUCUCCCUACUCGGAGCUAACCGUAGGAUUAGUGAUGAUAUGAUUGCAGAUGUAAUCGAGCAGUCAGCUGAUGAUUUAAUUGACGGGGUUUCCUCUAACCAGGAGAGUACAUAUACAAUAUCUCAUUACUACGGGAACAGAAGAGAAGAUUCUGCGCAUAAUCAUAGAGAUUUUGCCGAGGAGGGAGGAUUCCUCUGCCCCUCCGAGAUCAAGUACGCUAAACCUAAACGUGGAAAGACUGCUCAAGGUGACUGGAAGGAUAUAGUUAAUGUGAAUGAUUACACCCAAACCCUGAGGAUGGAGAAGUGUCUCCAACCUGGUGGAACCUGCAGUUAUGUAUCCCAUCAUUAUAAAUCUCAGUGCAGUCAGGUUUAUAAUUAUCAUCGACUCUUGUCCUGGAACAAGGAAAGAGGAUUACAUAUGGAUAUUUACAAGGUUCCAACCUGUUGCUCUUGUCAUAUUAUGGGAUACAGUUACGUGUAUCCUCCGCUUAACAACAAGGUUCAAGAGCUACCAAAAUCUCCGGCUGUGUUCCGACCUGGAUCCUUCUCUUCUCAGUCCCGUCCCAAACCUUCUAUAUCUCGUCCUGGGCCUCUGGACAAUCUCAUUCCAGACUUUAAUCCUCAGCAGGAGCUAGAGCAGUUUAUGCAAACUAUAGGAUCAGAUAUCAAGGAUUUCAGCACCUUUGGGAAAACUUCUCGACCAGUGAGAAAUCAACCAAAUCAACAGUUCCAGGGAAGACCUGGGAUUAAAAGACCAGUUGUCGGAGGAUUUACUCCGAGUUUGGGUCCAGACCUCCGACCUCCGUUCAGGAAAAGAAUAUCAGACCGAAGGUUUGAGGAUGUAAACAAGGAUCGUAGGUUUGAGGACUUAAACCAGAGCAACAGACCAGAUAUGGUGGACUCAGGAUCACAAGACAGUCCAGUCCAAAGUGUGCACAGGAAAAGACGCAUUGAUAAACUGGACCGGAGAGGGGAUGGAUUCUCCGAUACCGGAGAACCCUCUGAUAUAUCCGAUCCUGGACACAAGCUUGAAUCCAUCCCACUGGAGACGGAUACUGAUAACACCAAUGUUGUGAACUAUGGAUACCAUCCAAUCAUUGACUUUUUUAACCCUCUCCACAACUAGUGGUUUAUGUACACUGUACAGUGUACAGUUUACAGUGUACAGUGUACACUGUACAGCUUAUAAUCCUCUAGCUUCAUAUCGUGCAAUAAUUUGUAAAGAUUAUAUAAAGUAAAAAUAAAUUUGUUUAA